AUGAUCGAGUCGGAAGUGGCCGCGAUGCUCAUGAGUCUCUCGGCGCCAGACGAGCGCCACUCGGCCGACAACCCGCUCUACGCCGCGACACCGCCGUUGUCGACGUCGCCGUCGUCGUGGCAAGCCGGGAAGAAGCGCGCGUUUGCGGCCUUUGACGCCGGGGCCGCCGCGUCGCUGCCGUCCUCGAGCUUCCUGCACCCGCGCGCCGAGGGCGGCAGCUCGCCCUUGUCGCUGCUGCAGCUCAAGAUCCAGGGCCGACCGCUCACGUCCCUGAUCCCUGGACGCCUCGACAUUGACAGUAUCAGCAACAGCAGCAGCAAUAGCAGCAGUGCCAGUGACGUGGACAUGGACGCGAGCUACGAAGCGGCCACGUGGUCAUCUCCGUACCGCUCGUCGUUUGACGGGCUCGUGGCGGCCGCCGUCUCGACCCAAGACGACAACGACCGCUGCUUGUCGUCCAACAGUCGACCCAUUUCGAUCCCGAGCCGUAGCGGCCAUCGCACCAGCCAUAGCCACAACAGCCAUAGCAGCAGCACCAGCAGCUUGAUGCGAUAUCGCGACCCCUCGUCGUUGUCGUCAUCGUACGGCAAGAAGCACAAGGGCAGCAGCUUGUCGCGUGUGCAAGAGGACAAGUCGUUCCUCGGUCGCGACUGCAGCCCCACGGGCGUCGAGGACGACAGCGCGUGGUACGACAGUGACUACAAGCAGCGCGUGCGCCUCGCGUCCGUGUGCUCGUCCGACGGGAGCGAGUACGGCGGUCUUGGCCGGAAGCACUUGGAAGAGUUUAUCCGCAUGGAGAUCUCGGCGGUGCACGACAGUGAGCAGCAGCAGCAGCAACAGCAGCAGCAUCGCCAAGAAGCUGUGCACGAGGGCAAGUUCGUCGGUAGCUACUCGCCCGACGCCCGGAGAAAGCGCAUUGAGCGGUUCCUCGAGAAGCGCAAGCACCGCGUGUGGGCCAAGAAAGUCGACUAUGACGUGCGUAAGAAUUUCGCCAACUCGCGCUUGCGCGUCAAGGGCCGCUUUGUGAAGAAGGAGGACGAGGAGCUGCUGUGUCAAUUGCUGAGCUACACGUGA